UGGGGAAGAAUGAGGGAGAGGCUGUUUCUGAGCGGACUGCAGAGAGUGACUGUGUCCUGUGGAGUUUCAGGACUGUUCUGAGUUGUGUGACUGCACUGGGUGUAUGAACAUUGCCUGUGCACCUCUGCUGGAGAAUGCCUUUGGGAUUUAUCCUGGAAUCUCCCUCGAACAUGUUUUUGGAAAAAGCAGGGAAGUGAACGAGGAGAGAGAGCAGUCAUUUCUCUCUGUCUCUGUCUCUCUCUCCCUCUGAGUGUGUGUGUGUGUGUGCCUUGCCACUGGGAGAAGGGGACAUGGACUCUGCAACCCAAACACUAGGCUGAAGGAGCACUUUGCAACCCACCCACCCCCAUCCCCACUUUCCCCCUAGGAUCUGAACAAGCUGUGUGAAGAUGAAUGUUGCUUCAGCCCUGACAAUCCUGCGUUGGCUCCUUGCACUGUUUCUCCACUGGUCCUCUGCAAAGCCUUCACGAUACCCACUGGAGACACCGCAGCAAUCAGACCAAGUGAUGAGUUGGAUGAAUGUGUACUGGCAUUCAGUCUGUCAAACACGCGAGACUCUGAUUGCCAUCAGUGGAGAAUAUCCCAACGAGGUCGAAUACAUCUUUGUCCCAUCGUGUGUUCUGCUCACUCGCUGCUCUGGCUGCUGUAACGAUGAGAAGCUGCAGUGUGUCCCCACAGUCACCGAUACCAUCCUCAUGCAGAUUUUAAAAGUUAAACAUCAAACGUCCAACCUGGUGGAAAUGUCUUUUACGCAGCACAGACGCUGUGAGUGCAGACCAAAGAAAGAUUUCAAAGAAGUCACAACAAGGACAGGCCAGACAAAACAUAAGAACGAGAGAGGAUGGCGGAGGAAACUCAGCCGGGAGCCGACUCGCCCGACCCGUUGCAAACCCUGCUCCCACAGGAAGCGACAUGGCUUCAGUCAGAACCCACAGACCUGCGAGUGCCAGUGCCGUCUGUCCCACCACCAGUGCCAGGAGAAAGGGCAGGAGCUGAACGAGCACACAUGCAGAUGUGAGAGGCCAAGGCGGUGAUCGGUGGAGGCCGUGUGAGGAGCUCCUGACUGCUGCGAUGUGAGCGAAGGGGGAGGAUGGAGCACAUGGAGGAACCGGGCCUCUCCGUUA